AUUUAUUUAUUUGAUCAAACUUGAGACCAUUCAGAGCCUCUCAGACCCCUCUUCUUCCCGGCUCUCCGCCGGAUCUCUCUCUCUCUCUCUCUCUAUCUGUCUUUCUUUCUCGUUCAUGUGGUCGCUGGAGGAGCAAGAUCGCCACCACAAGGGGGUGUCGUCGUCGUCGUCGUCGUCGAGGUGCUCCCCUUCCUCCUCCGUGCUCCCCCAAACACCCAAGCGCCGCACCAUGGAGGAGCUGUGGAAGGACAUAAGCCUGAACGCCUCUCCUCCUCCUCUCGACCGCCACCCGGUCUACCAUGGCCGCCAAGCCGACUGUUUUCUGCGCUUGCCCAGCAUGGUCCUCCAGGACUUCCUCGCCGGGCCGCUGAACCGGCCGUUGUACCAGCCGCAGGCCGCCGCGAAGGAGCCGUCGCUUCCGCCUCUCGAAACCGCACUCAGCCUCAACUCCGCCAAGGAGUUCCUGGGCGAAGCCGAUCAGCAGGCCAACACGCAGUCCAAUUCCAGCUCCAACAACACCAACGGCAACGGCUCCAUCUCCUGUGAUUUUUCCGCCGUCCCCCCUCGCCCUGCCGCGCUCUUCUCCCUCUGCUCGAGGAAGAGAUCGACGACGGAGAUCCACCCCGGCGGCGCCGACCGCCACCAAAAGAGAAUGAUCAAGAACCGAGAGUCCGCUGCUCGAUCACGCGCGAGGAAGCAGGCCUACACCAUCGAGCUAGAGAUGGAGGUCUCUCAUCUCCAGGAGGAAAAUGCCAAGCUGAAGAAGCAAAAUGAAGAGUUGAUGAAGAAUCAGGAGACGGUGACCAAAAGUGGCCUACGAAGGACCUCAACAGCGCUAUUUUAAGAGAAGUCCGGUUGGGGUGGGAGCAGUGGAGAUUCCUCAAUUAUUUCCUUUCUGUUUAUGUAUCGCUCUCACCGAUUUGCACUGCACUCUUUUCCAUUCGAACUGAAACAAUGAGCUGAAGGAGAAGAGACUCUAGUGUCUGUGCAGAAGUGGUAUAUGUACUGUAUAAAUAAAUAUAUACGAAUUUAGGCAUCUGGAAAUGAAGAAUGUGUUGAUGGAGUGCUUUCUUUUA